CAUUUUGCCUGCUGGUUAACUGUCACUUGUUGGAGCUAGUGACGCGAACCCACGACCGGUCCAAAGGUUCUUCCUGAGCCCCACCCAACACGUUCCUACUAGCUUGAGUUCUUUCUAGGGCGGGGUGUGGCUGCCAGACCCCAAAAGCUCUCCUCCAUGGCAGCGGCGAACCAAAAGCCGGGUCCAGCAGGCCGACCAGAGCCCCUGAUUGGACAUCCUCGCUAUGAAAAGAUCAAGGACCUAAACAGCGGCACCUUCGGCUUCGUGCAGCUUGCACGCGACAAGCUGACAGGGGAAACAUGGGCUGUGAAGUUCAUUGAGCGCGGGGACAAGAUUACGAAGUACGUGGAGCGCGAGAUCAUCAACCACCGGUGUCUAGUGCACCCACACAUUGUGCAGUUCCGGGAGGUGUUCCUGACUCCCACGCACCUGUGCAUCGUGAUGGAGUUCGCGCCCGGCGGCGACAUGUUUGAGUACGUGGUGCGCAAGAAUGGGUUGAGAGAGGACGAGGCGCGGUGGUUCUUCCAGCAGCUCAUUGUGGGGCUCGACUACUGCCACCGCAUGGGCGUGGUGAACCGCGACAUCAAGCUGGAGAACACGCUGCUGGACUCCAGUCCGCGGCCGCUGGUGAAGAUAUGUGAUUUUGGGUACUCCAAGCACGAAAAGUUCCAGUCGGCACCGGGGUCGCGGGUCGGCACGCCGGCGUACCUGGCCCCCGAGGUCAUCCUGACCACCAAGGGGAAGACCUAUGACGGCAAGAUUGCGGACAUCUGGAGCUGCGGCGUGAUGCUGUACGUGAUGCUGGUGGGCGCCUACCCCUUCGAGCGGCCAGAGGACAAGCACGACAACCAGAAGCUGCAGAAGAUGAUUCAGCGCAUCCUGCACGUUGACUACCACAUCCCGCCGCACGUGCGCGCCAGCGAGGACUGCAAGGACCUGCUGGCUAAGAUCCUGGUGGCGGACCCGCACAAGCGCAUCACCGUGGACGGCAUCUACAACCACAAGUGGUACCUCAAGGGGCUGCCGCCGGGCGUGCGCGAGAUGAACGACCGCGUGCAGCCGCCGCCGGAGGGGCUGCAGAGUGUGGAGGAGAUCAAGCGGUUGAUAGAGGAGGCGCGGCAUGUGGGCGUGGGCGCGCCCGGCUACGUCAACCCGGUGGAGACGGACGAGUACAUUGACGACGCCAUGGACAACAUGUACGAUGAGGGAAGCCUGGACUACAACGACUGAGGGGGGGCGGAGUGGCGGCGGCCACCGGGUGGGCGGAGAGGGCACAAGCACUGCAUGGAGAGCGCGGCCUGAACGGAGCGCACUGGGUUCUUGCAUUCUGACAGCUUUGCAGCGAUAUGGUUGGGGUGCUGGGGGGGACAGCUCACAAGGGAUACAAAAGAAGGUAGGAACUGUCGAGCAUGCGUGUGGGGUUUUCUUGGUUGGAGGUUACGUAUGGGAAGGAGGAGGCGGAGCUUUGGACAUGAGUGAGUUGCCAUCGCGGUCCGGUCCCAGUAUGCGAGUGGGCCACAGCAGUGGUAGCCUGGUGUGUGGCCCCCAAGAUGCGUUGGGUGGGCGAACAGGCGUUCUAGGAGCCACGAGGUAGUGCUGGGCGGCAGGAAGUUGGUGUGGAGUGCACAGCGGCGUUGCUAGCCGCCCGUUGCCACAUUGUGCGGUGCGGUUUGUUGGGGUGAGCUUGAAGACUAUGGCUGGAGUGGCCUUACACAAGAUGUUGUGGAUAACAGGUCAGGGGGGUCAGGCGGGUCAGGUGACGCCUGUUUGGGGCAGCCGGUACAGUGGCGACAUCCCAGAGCUGUGCAGUGUUACGGCUGUAUGUUGCACGCUCAAAUCACAAGUAGCUUUGCCACCAAGACGUGUAAAUAGCAACCCCU